GCCAGCUCAGGAAGGGGAAACGUGGGACCUGAAAACCCUAACAGUGAAUCCGAAGAUCCUUCAGGCAAGCUGUGGGCUCGACCAAGAUUCACCCAGCCUGCCAAGAUGAGACAACGGGUAAUUGCCCGUCCGGUGGGAAGUUCCAUUCGACUAAAAUGUGUGGCCAGCGGCAACCCCCGUCCGGACAUCAGCUGGCUAAAAGACAACAAGCCCCUCACAUCGCAGGAGAUUGGUGAGAGCAAGAGGAAGAGAUGGACGCUAAAUUUAAAGAACCUGAAGCCGGAGGACAGUGGGAAAUACACCUGCCGUGUUUUUAACAGGAUGGGCGAGAUCAACGCCACUUACAAAGUUGAAGUGAUCCAGAGGACACGAUCCAAACCCAUUCUUACCGGGACGCACCCUGUGAACACAACUGUGGACUAUGGAGGAACAACUUCAUUCCAGUGUAAGGUGAGGAGUGACGUGAAACCGGUGAUCCAGUGGUUGAAGAGAGUGGAGUACGGCACGGAGAGCAGAUACAAUUCCACCAUCGAUGUCGGCGGGCAGAAGUUUGUGGUGCUACCCACUGGAGAUGUUUGGUCCCGUCCGGAUGGCUCCUACCUGAACAAACUUAUGAUCGCGCGUGCCAAGGAAGAAGAUGCCGGCAUGUACAUCUGCCUAGGGGCAAACACCAUGGGGUACAGCUUCCGAAGUGCAUUUCUUACCGUGUUACCAGACCCCAAGUCCCCGAGCCAACCGAUGGCCCCUUCUUCGGCCAGCAACCUACCAUGGCCUGUCAUCAUUGGGAUCCCAGCUGGCGCUGUCUUCAUCUUUGGGACGAUUGUCCUCUGGCUUUGCCAAACCAAGAAGAAGCCAUGUUCUCCUCCAGCUGCCACUCCAGGACACAGGACACAGCCUCGAGACCGAGUUUGCACAACCCAGGUCUCCGAUAAAGACUGCUUGUCCUCCAUAAACUAUGAGGAAUAUGUAGCCCAGCAGCAACACUUGCUGACCCAAGGGCCAGUCCUGUCUUCCAGCGUGGCUUCCAAAAUGUACCCUAAGAUUUAUACGGACAUACACACACACACCCAUUCACACGUGGAAGGCAAGGUACACCAACACCAGCACAUCCAUUACCCGUGUUAAAAAGGCCGCCAUUUUAGAACAUUGCGUGACAUGGAAAUGAGGAUUCACUUUGGAUCAGCGGAAACUGCCGGGGAUGUGGGGCAAAAUAACCCAACACAACCCAACAAAACACGGUGUCUUGUUCAGGGUGUGUUGUUACUGUGACCCAGGAGUAAUGAAGGAAUUCCCAGAUGGCUUCCUUUAAGGAGCCCGCUUUAUCUUGGAUAAAAGCUGGUUCAGAUGCCUGCUAACCUUACAAGGUCAGAAGAUGAUUCAACCCAACCCCGUUUCUCCUUCAAGCAAGCAGCACAACGCCAAAGUGCCAAUGCCCAAAGGGAAGCAUUUGAGUGGCCUUACCAAGAAGAUGGAUGGAUGGAUGAGUGUGUGUGUUGCGUGUGUGUUGCGUGUGUGCGUGUGUUUGUGGGGCAGUGCGUUCCAAAGUUGUGAAGCCAAGAAAGGCUGCCUUAUAAGUUAGCAAUAACCAAACUCCUCAAUCUCUAGAAAGCCUUCCUGCAAAACCAUGGAAAGCCCACCCUUGGCCCCCUCCCAAAUGAAGAACAAUAUAUAGCUCACUUUUAUAUUUAUAUUUAAUUAUGAUCAAGCUGAUUUGAUAAAUGAUGAUGAUGAUGAUGAUGAUGAUGAUGAUGAUGAUGAUGAUGAUGAUUAACUGGAACUGCUGACUUUUUGGGGAAUUUAGUGUGAGGGUGGACUGCAGGGAUAUGGGGGGGUUCACAAAAGCCAAGAUGGAAGCCUUCAAUAGACAUGGGCCUUGGUCUCCUGCUUGAAGCCACCAUGUCAAGGAAGGCCAACAUCUUGGGGGGUUUCUGAGGUCCUCCAUGUUCCCACCCCAGCCUAGUAUUCUUCCCUUACAUGAGGUGUAAGCCCUCCUCAUCCAAUUUUCAUGGAUUACAGCAGAAAAACUUCUUCGUGGCAUAAGCUGUCACAUAAUAAGCUGAAGUGUCUCGAAACCAACAGAAUGUCCUCUUUCUCAGGAACAAAUUCAUUUCUGUAAUAUGACUUGCAAGGAGAGAGAGAGAGAGAGAGAGAGAGAGAGAAGAUGCAUCUUGCUAAAUUCACGCAUAUUUCACUUCAGUUCUGAGGGAAGAAACAGGCAAAAUGUGACCAUAUUAAAAUGGAGUCAAGGCAGAUUCAAUUAAAAAAGAAAGAAAGAAAAGAAAGAAAGAAAGAGAAAGAAAGAAAGAAAAGAAAAGAAAGAAAGAAAA